AUGCUUGUAAGAGAAAGCAUUCGAAAAACCAAAUAUUUACUUCACAAAAAACUCAAAAACUUCAAAUGUCUCAUCUUUGGAGGAUACCAAAAACUCCCUAGAGCUCUUUCCUUCAAACCAUUCUUACGUCAAACUCGAAGUAACAACAAUAGUUCAAGAACAACAUACACGAGUGAUCAAUUCUAUAACGAGUUUUACGAUAUUCUUCAAUCCGAUCUCAAUAGAAUGAGUCGAAGCAGCGAGAUUGCACCAACCCGAGACGCCGCAGCAGCUGCAAGUAAUGAAAAACAAAGUCCACAAAAGAACAUUACUGAAAAUGUAGCUACGGAGAAGAAGAACAAGAAUGAAGGAGUUCAUGAAUUGGCAUUGAAGAUGAAGGAAUUGGAGAUGAAUGAUUCAGGUGAUGUUGAACAGGUUCUUGAUAUAGAAGAAGCACUUCAUUACUAUUCUCGUCUUAAGAGUCCGGUUUAUUUAGAUAUUGUCGACAAGUUUUUCACUGACAUGCAUUCUGAGUUUUCUCUUUCACAAUCUUCUGUUAGAAACAAACAUUCUAAGACAAAAGGAAGAUUUGGAGCAAUAAGGUUGUAG